AUGAAUAAACUACAGAGCAUCGUGUGUGCAGUGCGUACGCGAGUAAUUAUGUUCGAUAAAAAGCAUUGCGAAAUGGUUCUGCCAUUAUCGAAACACGCCCUUAUGAUGGGUGCCGCGUUUGAUAAGCAAGGUAAAGGUUGAAUUCGGUCAUUCAGCGCGUAAAACGUGCACAUCGGAACAGAGAACGAAAGACAGCGGAAAAUAUGAGGUAAUUUUUGCUCUUUAAAUCAAUGUAUUUGAAUGAAGUACUACUGAUGUGUAUGUGUAGUUGCUGUAAGUGAACCCAAAUGAAAUAGAAUUUACGGUGUCGAACGCAUAAUUGAUGCAAACAAAACAACAAAAAUAUGCCCGUUGAAAGUGAAUUUGUCAGUGGUGUAAUUUGUGUGAAGUGUAUGGUGAAAAAUGAUUCAAAUACCAAAAGUUACAGAAUGAAAUGGAAAAAAAGAUGGAAAAGAAAGAAGAAGAAGAAGAUGUGAUUGUGUUUAAAGGUGAAUUUUACAAUAUGGUUAAAAUGUGUGCUCGUUUGGUUGAAGAAGCCGUAGAAAACUCAAACCGAAAAAAGACACCCAAAUGGAAUAAUAUGGAUAUGCAACGAAUCGAAGCUCUUGGAUAAUGAAAAUUUCUUUUAAAAUGCCGAUGACGCCAUUUGAACUACAGUGCAAAAUAUAUAAUCAGUCAGACAGGCUGUUUAGCGCCAGCGAUUAUACUAUAUAAACGAUAAAUUGCAAAUUUAAGGCAAUAGCAAUAAGUGCAUAAGUGCAUGUGCGACGUUACAAGUACAAAAAAGACAGUUUAUAAAAUUUAAUUGAGGCUAUAUCGAAUAUUGGGCCGAACUUUUGAAAGAGAAGGAGAAAAAAAAUCGAACAGGAAAAACGCCAGAAACAAAAAGAAGUGGUGUGUCAAUGAACUACACCGCAAGUGUUUUUAAGUGAACGUCAAAGAGAAAGGAGUUUCAUUUUUAUUUAUAAAAAAGAACUUCACUCACAUAAUUUUUGCUUUUAUUUUAAAUAAUUUUAUAAUCAACGUUGUCGACUUAAAAACCAAAGAGAACCAACUGACAGUGGGCCAUUUUUUGAUUUGAGCUCAAGUCAGUCAAAGCGAUUUUAAAGUAAAAUCUUGGUGAUGCCCAGUGAUUAAACAGGCAAAAAGUGUAAAAUAAAGUGCUUCGAAUAUUUAUUGAAAUUGCCAGUUUCCGGUAGCAAUUGAGAGUCAUUACGACUAGAUAUAUAUAGAGAGCGAGCGAUAUUCAAUGGCGCUUCACCGACGGCAUUGAAACUCCGAACGGUGACCAUUCUGUUCAUUCAAUACAAUACUGAAUGCUUUGUUGAAUAAGCAAUGUCAAAGUCCUUUUUGGAUAGUAUGCUACCAAGUUAUUCACAAUUUCAGCCAUUCACAAGUUCUCAAUUGAAUUCAGUCGCAUCAUUGCUACAUUUGAACAAUAAUAAUAACAUUUACACGAACUCAAUUCAUCAUACACACAAUAACGGCAUAAAUUUAUCAUUUGCCACCGCAACAUCGGCAAAUUCGGAAGACGGAACCACGGUAACACAAUCAACGACAACAACGGCAAAUAAAAUGUAUCCAUAUGUUUCAAAUCAUCCAUCGUCUCAUACCAGUUUGUCAGGUAUGCCAGGCUUUUCUGGUUUAGAGGAUAAACCGUGUAGAUAUACAGACACCGUCAUGAAUUAUCAAUCAAUGGCCCCCAGUGCAUCAAGCUUUGCACAAUUUUACCACCAAGCAGCUGUUUCAGCCGCUUCCGCUGGCGUUGUCGGCGGCGUUGGCGAUUCACUAGGAAAUUGCACUCAACCAUCGUCGGGCGUUGCUUCAACAGCUGGAAGUACACCAGCUCUAUCCGACCUACCACGAUACCCAUGGAUGGCGUUAACAGGUGGAUUGGUUGACAAACUGCCGAAUCAGAAUUUCUUGGGAAAUGCUGGCUAUAAAGACUGGAUUGGCCCAUAUGAUCGUGUUGUUUGCGGUGAAUUCUCUGCACCAAACGGAUGCCCGAGAAGACGAGGUCGACAAACAUACACACGCUUCCAGACGCUCGAACUGGAAAAAGAGUUCCAUUUUAAUCACUAUUUGACACGAAGGCGACGAAUUGAAAUUGCUCAUGCAUUGUGCUUAACCGAACGUCAAAUUAAAAUUUGGUUCCAGAAUCGACGAAUGAAAUUGAAGAAAGAACUCCGGGCCGUUAAAGAAAUAAACGAACAGGCACGUCGCGAUCGCGAGGAGCAAGAAAAAAUAAAGAAUCAAGAAAUCAAGUCCGCCCAACAGCAGCACAACAGCAACAAGCAAUCGCAUCAUCAUGAUCAACAUUCACACAUUGUGAACCAAAACUCGAGCGGUCAUCUCCAUCAUUCUGUUGUACAGAAUGAUUUAAAACUUGGCUUGAGCAUGAGCGGUGUCGGUGGAAUUGGCAGCAAUCUAGGAGCGUCGUCAACAUAUUUAUCAUAAAUUCCAAUAUUAUUUUAUCGCAUCGAUAUAUUUCACUGAUAUUGUAGAUUCGUCGUGGUCAAAGUCAAUCGUCGGAAUGAAUGCAAAUUUUGCGCUAGAAUUUCAUAUUGAUACGACCAAAAACCACAUAAAACACGCACUUCUAAUUGCUCUAAAUGCCAAUAUAACCAUUAAACAAAUUGGUUAUUAGUCGUAAUAUACCAUUUACUACAACUAUUCUCAACCCACGGAGCAAAUAUGUCAUUUGAAUAUAAAUAUACAAAUGGAAGACGCGGAGUGUGUGCGGAAAAGAAUAAAAGAAAAAAAAACAAUGAGAGAGAGAGAGAAAGAAAGAAGGUGAAAAUAUAAAAGAGAAAAGCAAAACGGCGAAAAACAAACAGGAGAAAAGAAUGGAAAAAACAGAAGAAUCUCAUAAUUCUUUAUACGUAACAAACAAAAAAUAAAUGUAACCUUAGUGUAUAAUUGUAUAAGUUCAAAACAAAACCUAAAACUAAACAACUAAAGUACUAUGUAAUGCAAAAAGAAAGUAAAAUUAAACAAAAAUCCAGCUAGUAGUAAGAGUCAAGCCCACAAAACAUCUUCAUCAAUCAAACAACAACAACAUCAAGGAAAAAAGGCGUUAAAGUCGCAUUAAAAAAAGUUUUGCAUCGAUUUGUUUUCCAAUUUUUGAACGAAACGUAGUUUACGAAAUCGAUUUGUUUGAUACAAACACACAGAUAAAUGCUCCCAGUGACAUAAAAUAGUGCUUAAGGCUUCGUUAAUUUUUUUUUUCAUUUCGCAUUUAAGUUGGCAUGAAAAUUAUGAUUAUCUUUUUUUCUAUGUAAAACGUAUGUUUUUGUUGUGAUUGUAUUUUAAAGAAAAGAUGCGUUAAUGGAUUGAAACACAUGUGUUUUUUUAGUUUGACAUAAGGGAGCAAUUCAUUUCGAAUACUUGAGAUGAAAACGAAGCAUAGUUGGAAAGUAUACGAUGCCAAAACCAUUCAAUGGAUUGACGACAUUACUGCACGUCUUUAGAUUUCUUCUUCCCACUUUGGUUUUGAAAAAGCGCAUACGUAAUCAAGCAAAUAAAUUUGAGUGAUAAAAAUAUAUUUAAAAAAAAGUAUCCAUUUGUGCAGAAAACAAAAAAACAGUUAAAAUUACAACGCACGAAGAUCACUUUGUGGGCAUAAAUUCAAGUCAUGACUUCUGAAAAUUCUUUCUAGCCUCAACAACCGAAUUUCCGGAAAAUGUUUAAAGCGUCGUUAUUUUUUGGAUGCGUCACACAUUUUUCUAUACGCGUUAAAUCAUGUUAUUGAUCGAUUGUUAUUUCGACUAAACUAAAUCAAAACUAAAUUCCACAACAAAAAAAAAUCAAAUUUUUCGGUUCAUUGAAUGCAUUUUUUUUUCAAUAAUUAAAAUACAUCCAAAAAAAACUCUUCCGGCAUUAAAUUGAUUUAAGCUUGAAAAGUUUGAUCUCGUUUAUGCAAAAUCUCUAUGUAUAUAGUUUUAUUUCGUUUCGAAAAUAAGUGUCAAAAGGGAACUAUUUUUCUGUUUAUCGAUUGAAGCUAGGGAUUGUUUCUUUGAUUAGAAGGAAUGGUGAGGAGGAAAAUUAAGAGGAGGAGAGCACUGAGGGAGAAGUUUUUUUUUGGUCAAAAAAGCAAUUUUUAUCACAAAAAUAUCUUUUUUGCUUAUAAAUCAUUUUCCUCCUCAGUGCUCACCUUCUCCACAUUUUCCUCAUCGGCGUUCCUCCUCCUUCUCAGAGGAACAAUCCCUGAUUAAAACAUUCACGCUCAAUUUUUCUUUGACAAAAAAACACAUUCAAAUUUAGCCAUAGUCAAACAAUAUCGAUUUCACUACAUCCCUCCAGAACAAACGCGAUAUAAACACAAAAAAUUUAUAACUCAUUAUGUAGAGACACAAAAAAAAGUAUUAACCGAAAAAAAAAAAUCGCAGAAAGAAGCAUGGAAUGACAAAAGCCAUUUACUUGUACUCACACACACAAAAGAAAAAUCAUGAAAAAGAAACAUGUAUUUUCACAGAUCACACACAGCAUCCAUUUCAUUCACAUACGUAAUAACAUAACAAUAAAAAUGCUAAAAAGUUUAAGCAACAAUUUAAUGGAAACAAAAUUUAAAAAAAUGAAAGCGUUCAUAUUUGCCAUAUACAUAAUUAUAUUUACAUACAAUUUUAACGAUAUUUAAAAAUAAAAAAAAAUUAAAUUUAUAUAUAUACACAAACACAAUAUAGUAUAUAUAUAUAAACUUCAUUUUGGCUCCCUCCUGACAACUGACAAAAAAAACGUAAUGCAAAAUAAAUGUCGUUUCAUGAUUGAGAAGAAAGGAAUGAGCACAAUCUAUUUACAUGCAUCCGUAUAAACCAUGUGAACCAUAUAUUGCACACAAAACACAAAAACAAACACACGUAAGAAAUGCGCCCCAAACACUGAAUCGAUACAAAACACUUGACCGAAGAGUGCACAUUUCACAUAUACAUAUAGCGAGAAAUGUUUUUGGCAUGUCAUCGGCAAGUUUUUGCUUGGAUUUGUAUCGAUUGAAUGUUUCCCUCUUUAAAAACUCAUAAAUACGUACUAGUUAUGUAAGAUGGAACGUUUGAAAGAAAUAACAACUUUUGAAGAAAAAAAGAAACAGCAAACAGCAAAAUCCAGUGGAUAAAACCUUAGUUUAGAACAACCAAUAUUAAACGUAAACGUAAACAAAAAACACACACACACAAAAUAUUAUUAAACAAGCUAUUAAGAAUAUUAAACAAAAAAAAAUAUCUACUUACAUUAUAACUAUUUACAUGAUAAAUUACCUUCAUACAUAAUGAUUAAGAUAUUGAAAAAAAAACUUCUUAAACUUGCAACACACACACAACAAACAUUUCAUUGUUUUAUUAUAGAUUGUUUAAGGCAAGCCGAUGUUUGAAGUACACUAUGUAUCUCUAUAGCGAGAGAGAUGAAUAGAUAGAUAGAUAGAAAGAGAGAAAAGGAGAGUUUGAGAGAAACCCCGAGAGAGACCGAUCAAUAAGGGUGCAUCUAGUUUUAGAAGAGAGAAAAAAAACGCAAUAAAAGCAUACAUUUCAACAAAAUAAAAAGAGAUCGUAAAACCAAUCGGAAAUUUUAUGGACGCUCAAGUUGUAAUUUUUAACAACUUGACAAAAUUGUGAACCCCCCAAUAAAAAACAAUGACUCAA